CGGAACUCUGUAUAGCUUUAGUUUUCGGUGGCGAUUGUGAUCCCUUACCGGCACCAUGGCGGCCUCUUCCAACGCACUAAACAAGCAGCCGCCUAUUCAGUCCACGGCUGGUGCCGUACCGGUGCGCAAUGAAAAAGGUGAAAUAUCCAUGGAGAAGGUCAAAGUUAAGCGCUAUGUUUCUGGUAAAAGGCCUGACUAUGCUCCAAUGGAGUCCUCUGAUGAGGAAGAAGAGGAAUUCCAGUUUAUUAAAAAGGGAAAGGAGCAGGAAGUCGAGCAGGAGGAACAGCCAGAAGAAAGCACCAGCGACCCUCGUUUACGUCGAUUGCAGAGCCGAAUGAAUGAAGAUGUGGAAGAAAGGUUGGCCAGGCACAGAAAGAUUAUUGAGCCUGAAGUAGUUGGUGAAAGUGAAUCUGAGCCUGAGCCAGUGAUUGAGGACUGGCGCAUGGAUCGAGAGGACACUAGUGAGGAGGAAGAGGAAGAAGUAGAUGACGAGGAAAUAGAGCUUCGUCGUUCCAUGAUGCGUCAGAAAGCUGCAGAGAGAAAAAAUGAUGAGAUGGAAGUGAUGGAGUUAGAGGAUGAGGGGAGGUCAGGAGAAGAAUCAGAAUCAGAGUCUGAAUAUGAAGAAUACACUGAUAGUGAAGAUGAAAUGGAACCACGACUCAAGCCUGUGUUUAUCAGAAAAAAAGACAGAGUUACUGUGCAGGAAAGAGAAGCUGAGGCAAUAAAACAGAAGGAAGUGGAGGCAGAGGCAAAACGAAUGGCAGAGGAAAGAAGGAAGUACACCUUGAAGAUUGUAGAGGAGGAAACAAAGAAGGAAAUCGAAGAGAAUAAGCGAUCCUUAGCAGCCCUUGAUGCCCUAAACACAGAUGAUGAGAAUGAUGAAGAGGAGUAUGAAGCCUGGAAAGUAAGAGAGUUAAAGCGCAUCAAGCGAGAUCGCGAAGAGAGAGAGGCACUGGAAAAGGAGAAGGCAGAGGUUGAUCGCCUUCGUAAUAUGACGGAUGAGGAAAGACGUGCAGAGCUGCGUGCAAAUGGCAAGAUAAUAACCAACAAGGCAUUGAAAGGGAAAUACAAAUUCCUACAAAAAUAUUACCACAGAGGUGCAUUUUUCAUGGAUGAAGAUGAGAAUGUAUAUAAAAGGGAUUUCAGUGCACCCACCUUGGAGGAUCAUUUUAAUAAGACUAUAUUGCCAAAGGUCAUGCAGGUCAAGAACUUUGGUCGUUCAGGUCGGACAAAAUAUACUCACCUGGUUGAUCAGGACACCACUUCAUUUGACUCUGCUUGGGGUCAGGAUAAUCCGCAGAACACAAAGUUCUUCAAACAGAAGGCAGCAGGAGUAAGGGAUGUGUUUGAGAGACCCUCUGUGCAGAAAAGAAAGACAACAUAAACUAUCCAUGGCUGUGGGGACUUGUUCAUAUGAAAAAACAACAGCAGCUCAUGACAAGAAAUUUUUGGCUCUGUAUGAUAAAUAAGGACCACUAUUACUUGUGUGUAAAUAUACUUUGCAAGUAAUGUAUGUGCAUUUUUUUUUUAAUGUAUGAAUGGAUUGUUUGGUUUGCCAUUAGCCAAUUACAAAGCAUUUUACAAGCAGUGGAAACACCCAGCUUUACUUUCCACAGAUUUUUUGAAAAUUACGUAUAUAAAAGGUUUUUUUUUUUAGCUAAGCCACUGAAACUGAGGCAAGAUUUGCUAAUAUUUGUAAAUAAAGUUGUUGUUUUUUUUAGCUAAGCCACUGAAACUGAAGCAAGAUUUGCCAAUGUUUGUAAAUAAAAUAUUUAUUUUAUUUUUUUUAGCUAAGCCACUGAAACUGAGGCAAGUUUGCUAAUGUUUGUAAAUAAAAUAGUUUAUCUGUA